AUGGCAUCAACAAUACAUUAUGAUCUCCCCAUUGAUGAUGAUGAUGUUGUUGAAGUUGGUAGAGAAAACAGUAGUCCAUGGCCUCAGGCAAAUGAGGCUCUUUUCGUUACCCUCAUGGAUGAGGAGGUGAAAACCAAGAAGAGUAAAAUAACUGGAACAUUCACGAAACAAGCUUGGAAUAGGUUGAGAGAUCAAAUGAACGUGAAAACCCAAUACAAGUAUAACACAGACCAGCUUCGGAACAAAUACAAUCAGCUGCGUAUUAUGUUCAACAAAUUUACAUCAUUACUGAAGCAUACUGGUGUUGGUUGGGAUAGCCAGCGACUUACUAUCACUGCACCGGAUGACGUUUGGGAAGCCCUUUACAAGGUUAAUACCCAUGCAAAGAGGUUUAGGAAAAAAGGGAUGGUUUACUACCAUGAGUUGUCUCGUAUCUUAGGAGACACAUCCGCAACUGGUAAACUAGCUUUUCCUUCCACCAAAUCACCUUCUGAAAGUAGUGCCAGUUCUGAUCCUGAAUUUAAGGUAAAGAAUGAGGAGUUAGAUGCAUUGCAAAUUGAUAGUGAUAAUGAAAAUGGAGAUGGCCAAGGCAAGGGCAAGGGCAAGGGCAAGGGCAAAGGCAAGAGAAAAAUGGGAGGUAAAAAGAGUAAGAAGAGGAGCUCCUUUCAAGCUAAUAUUUCUGAAGCACUCAAAGAAAUGAGUGAAAAUAGCAAGAGGAAGGUGGACCUAAUGGAAAAGCGUUUCACAAGUGCUUCAGUUACUAAUGUUGGCGAUGACAGUGGUUCAAUUGAAGGUGGCUCUACUCCAUCACGUUCAUUACUGAAAGAGUGCAUGGCACUAUUGCAUGGUAUGGAGGAAAUUCAUGCUGCUGUUUACACUAAAGCUGUGAACAAGCUUACAUCGGAUCCCAUAAUAAGGGAGGCCCAUAAUGAGGGAGGAAGCAUUGUCAACAUUGUAUCACUGCAUUCUCAACACUGCAUUGCAAGGGGUCAGCACUAUAUCACAGUGAUAUAUAUGGAGCCGAUGCAUGCUCUUGAUUUGAGUUUUGACUCAGACAGUGACGAUGAAAAUAUACAAUUUCUGGUGUGUGUAGCACUACAUGAGUAUUGUAAUACUUACCUUCAACCUAGACCAUGCCGAACGUCCAUAUUACAAGGACAUGACUACGUAUUAGAAAUAUUGAAUGGCCAUGAAAGAAGGUCCAAGGAAAAUUUCAGAAUGGAACCAGAUGUAUUUAUUAAUUUGUGCGAGGCACUUAAGGUAUAUGGUAAACUGGAACACUCACGUUAUCUGACUGUCCAAGAGCAAGUUUGUAUAUUUUUGCUAACAAUUGGUCACAACGAACGAAAUCGUGUUGUCCAAGAGCGAUUCCAACAUUCUGGCCAAACCAUCUCCAAAUACUUCAACCGAGUCUUGAAGGCAGUGUGUAGGCUUGGUAAACAAGUUAUAAGGCCUCCAGAUUUUGAUGAGGUGCCUGCAGAAAUUCGACAUAAUCCACGCUUCUAUCCUUUUUUUAAGGAUUGUGUUGGAGCAAUUGAUGGUACCCACAUAUCUGCAAGGGUGCCAGCAUCAGAGCAAAUACCAUAUCGGGGUAAGCAUACAGUUACAACGCAAAAUGUAAUGUGUGUUUGCUCAUUUGAUAUGCGAUUUACGUAUGUAUUGGCCGGUUGGGAGGGCACUGCAAAUGAUUCAAGAGUGUUCAUUGAAACCGUACAUGAUCCAACAAAUUUAUUUCCAAUGCCACCAACAGAUAAAUACUAUGUUGUCGACUCGGGUUAUACAAAUAUGCCUGGCUUUUUAUCGCCAUACCGUGGUGAGAGGUACCAUCUAAAUGAGUUUCGUAAUCAACGUCGACAACCAAGAAACAAGAAGCAAAUGUUCAAUUACCGACACUCCUCACUGCGCAAUGUGAUUGAGAGAUGCUUCGGUGUCUUGAAGGCUCGUUUUCCAAUUUUGAGAGACAUGCCUCCGUAUUCAACUAAGACGCAGAGAUACAUCCACAUUGCAUGUUGUACAAUACACAACUGGAUAAGAAUACAUUCUCAAAGUGACACAUUGUUCGCUGAAUGGGCCAAUCCAGAUCGUAUCGUUGAAGAUAAUGGGCCUAGUGGAGGUGAUAGUAGCAGCUCGACACAUGCAGGAAGUAGUUCUCAGCAACCAAUUGACUUAGACAUUAGUCAACCUCAAUUACGUCACAUGUCUGAUGUAAGGAAUCAAAUUGCUGGUCAAAUUUGGGAAUCUCUCGGAAACAAUUGA